AUGAACCACAACGAGAUUCUCGCCCUCGAGCACAAAACCUGGGAUGCCCUCUGCAUUUCGGGGUCGAAUCUCCUCCCCCUACUUUCGGACGAUUGCAUUAUGGUCUUUCCGGGCGGGAUGAAGCUAUCCAAAGAAUCUCACCCAACUCUCAGCUCCAUCUUGACGAGCGGGGAGUUCACCCCGUGGAGCUCGUAUACUAUACUUGAGAGCGAGGCGCGGAUCCUCGACGGGAGUACGCAAUCUGCGUUGAUCUGCUAUAAGGUUUCAGCCCGGCGAGUGACCGAUCGUGACUCCCAGAGCUUUGAUGCGCUGUGUUCCAGUGUCUGGCGGAAGAUAGGCCCUGAGCAGUGGGAAAUGGUGUUCCAUCAACAGACUCCGUUGUAA